ACCACGAUCAGUGGCCAUCGCUAGUGGCCGCGUGCGACACAAAGCCCACCUCGUUCAGCAGCAGCAAUCAAACGGCAGCAGCGAGCUACCGUCCACUGUGCGUUCAGUUUGGUUCAGUUGUGCACGAAUGGAAAGGGAGUCGUUUGUCUAGCGAUAUAAAACCUGAUCCAUCCACCUUUUUUUUUGUGUGUUGUGUCCGCGUCCGCGGAUGCGUACGAUCCGUCAAUGUGUAUGUGAAUUUUGCCAACCAAAUUUGCCUUUUUUUGUGGUUGCUGUCUCCGGUAUCAAAUCGUCUAUUGUUCGGUGCGUCUGUUGAAGGUUCGCGCGCAUUAGUUGGCGAACGUCUUCGUCACUAGUUAGCUAGUGGUGCUGCUGAUACGGUGUUUGGCUGUUGGAUAUAAAUUUACUUUGAUAAGCAACUGCCAUUUGGAUAAAAUGGAACCCGAAAGGUCAUCCACGAUGGCCGCUCUGAAGCAGACACUGCUCUCCAUAUCGGUCUCACUGUCGUACUACUGUAUCGGAUUGGUGCGAGGCUACUCUGCACCGGCCGUACCCUCGAUGCACGAAACCGCUCCCGGGUUGCUGCCCUCGAAAAACAUCGGCUCCUGGGUUAGCUCCAUUCCACCGUUCGGUGCAUUCUUCGGAAGUCUCGUUGCGUUCCCGCUGAUGCACCGAAUCGGUCGCAAGUACACGGUACAGAUUGCGUCACCACUGUGGGCCACAUCCUGGGCCCUGAUUGCGACGGCCACUGACUGGCGCGUACUGUUUGCCGCUCGCAUGCUGUCCGGUUUUGCGGCCGGCCUUUCGCUACCGGCGGCCCAGGUGUACGUGAGUGAGUGUAGCGAUCCAGCGAUCCGUGGUGUCAUCGGUUCCCUACCGGCCCUUGCCAUGUCCGUCGGCAUACUCGUCAUGUACGCGAUGGGGAAGUUCUUCGAUUGGCAGCAGCUGGCGUGGAUAUGCUGCGGGAUGGCCUGUUGCCUGUUCCUGGCCGUUGCCUGCUUUCCCCAGAGUCCGGUUUGGUUGAAGACGAGAAAACAGUACGAAAAGGCACACAGCUCGGCCAAAUGGUUACACCUCGAAGGAUUCACCUUCGAUCCGAAGGCCACCCAUCCCGGUGUUACACCCACGGCUACUGAGCUCAAACGACAAGACAAACCAUCGGUCGUCAGCGUGCCACCGAAACCAUUCUCCCGGGAAGCGCUACUCCGGCGUGAGAUUCUCAUUCCCCUUGGCAUCGGUUUGACGCUUCUUUCGAUCCAGCAACUCAGUGGCAUCGAUGCGGUAAUCUUCUUCACGGUGGAGAUCUUCCGUUCGGCCGGCACCGCAAUGGAUAGUCACUUGGCCACGAUCAUCGUUGGGACGGUGCAGGUGCUGAGCAACAUCAGCGCACUGUUUGUGGUGGAUCGUGCUGGCCGUAAACCGCUCCUCAUCCUUUCCGGUGUCGUCAUGUGCGUAGCGAUGGCCUCGAUGGGUGCUGCGUUCCACCUGAACUCGGUGGGCAAUACGGACUUUGGGUAUCUGCCGGUACUGAGCUUGAUCGUGUUCAUGGUAGGCUUCUCGGUUGGGUUCGGUAGCAUCCCGUUCCUGCUGAUGGGUGAACUGUUCCCAACGGCACAGCGCAGUUUACUCAGUUCGCUCGCCGGUUCCUUCAAUCUGGCCAUGAUGUUCACCGUGAUCAAAACCUACCAUCCACUGGAACAUCUCAUUACAGCGUCCGGAACGUUCCUCAUGUACAGUGUGCUGUGUGCACUCGGUGUCGCGUUUGUCAUCACGUGCGUCCCGGAGACGAAGGGCCGUGAGCUGGAGAGCAUUCAGAAGCUGUUCGAGCGCCGGACACCUCACCAGCACCGGCAAACGGGCGAUCAUCCGAGGGAGGCUACGAAGCGACAAGGCCAUGACAAUCCCACCCUCACGGUGGCAGAUGAGCUGGAACCCAAAACGAUCGACACGCGACUCUAGUAUUAGCGAAGUAGAUCUAGCGGAUAUGCAAUAAAAACCAACAAGCGGGCUGCCAUUCACAGUGACCAACCCCUUUUUGCUAAACGAAA